ACGCGGGAAAUACUCGCGGCCUGCCUCGAGGGACACGAAAGGAAAAAACUUUCGGCGGGAGCAAAGGCAUCGGCGGCAACGUCGGGGAUUCGAUCUCCUGCCUUUCUCAUCGAGAAAAGGCAAUCGGGCAAAUGGACGCCGUAUGCGUCGUCGUCGUCGGAGGUGGAGGAGGUGGCGAUCGCAUGGUGAUCGUAGGCAAGGGGGCUGUGGAUUCUUCAUCUAGGCUUCGGGUCAUGAUGGGAGAAAAGGCAGUGGUCGCAGCGGGGAAUGAAGGCUUCCAGCGACCGUCCGACGAGUUGCGCGGGAGGCACGGAGCGCGGGCCUCCGGCGCAGUCCCGCGCAGCAGCUCGUGCAGCAGCCCGCGCAGUCCACGUGGCUCCCACCGCAGCCGUUGUCGUCAGCCUGGCCCCUGCGCGUCAUCACGCUCGGGCAGAACCUCUCAUGAUCUCCCUAAGCCUGCCAGACUACGGUCGCCCCGACCGUCGCUUCAUUCUGACACGUCAGAACUUGCAGUCGCCAGUCAGAGACACUGCUUCCGUUGUCAUCGCUGUCCACGGAGGAAGAGGAGAUGGGACUCUCCUCGCACCACCACUUCCUUCUCCCUCCCGUCCUCCUCCUCCUCCUCCUCCUCCUCCUCGUCCUCCUCCUCCUCCUCCUGCUGCUGCUCUGCCUCCUUCGAUCGCUCGUCUAUGUCCGCCAUCUCCUCGGCGCAUCGUGGUUCAGCCGUUGACUCUUCGCAGUGGGCGAACACGGGACGAGAUCGGGAUCGCGAUGACUCGUCUUCCCUGCUAGAGACAAGCGCGCCGAGCUUGCUCAACUCCAAGAAGGCUUCGUGGGUAUGGCUGAACGAAGCCUGCAUCACUGUCUGUCCUUCCUCCGUUAUGGGAGAAGGAGGCGUCGAAAGCAAGGACAAGCACGUUACGGACUCCGUUGCCGAUCCUCUCUCCUUCUGGAUGCUAGGGCUCGCUGCCUAUUCACCGGAGGUCUCGUCGAGAUCCCGGCGUCCUGAGAGCAGAGGCACCACCGCCAGCGGCGGCAACGAUGAAGAAGAGAAGCCGGUCAUCAUCGCCAGAGAGCAUCCGUCUUCCUCUGCCACGUCAUCAUCAUCAUCAUCAUCAUCGCCCGCUGCCCGAUCCCCGUCGGAGGCAAGGUCGCCGCUCGAUAUGUAUCCCGACCAUCAUGAUUGCGACUCCCCCCUCAUCGGCUGUCGCACCGACACGUUAUCACCGGCAUUGCUCCCCACCAAAGCGCGCAAGGUACCAAGAGGAGCUGGAUCGAAAUGUCAUGGACCGAUAACUGCACCAGGACGAGAAGCAGAAGCACGAUCAGCAGCAGGGCCAGGAUCAGAACCACGAGCACGACCAGGUCCAGGACAAGGAUCUAAUUCUGAACCAGGAUCAGGAGUAAGACCGGGGGCGGCAGCAAUCGCACUGCAAUCAGGACGAAGGUCAGAAGCAGGGGGAGGAGGAGAAGCAGGAUCAAGUCCAGAAGCAGGAGGUGGAGGAGGUGGAGGAGGAGGAGGAGGAGGAGAAUCAGGACCGAAAUCGGAAGUAGAACUAGGAAUCGGACUGCAAUCAGGACCAGAACCACGACCAGGACCAAGACCAGAACCAGGACCACGUGGAGGAGAGGGACCACGAUUAUCAGGAUCGGGAUCCAGACCUGGUCCAGGACCAGGACGCGUAAGAUCGGGACCAGGAUCCGGACCAGGACUACGGGUAGGAGGAGGAGCUGAUCAGUCACUCAGGAGCACGCCGACGGAGACACAGCGAGUAACCAUCGCCAGCUCUGCUGCCACGGCUGCGACCGUCACAGCAGCAGCAGGUACGAGCGCUGUAACAGUUGUCAUUCCUUUUUUGGAAAGGCUGCGUCUGGAUCGGGAUCCGACUCGGCUAUGGCGGCUUUGGAGAUGGAGCAGAACGUGGACGGUCCUGAUGUCCCGACGGCUUCUGAGAUCCGUCGAGCGCAGCCAAGGUAGCAGCAUCCUGUUGCUCAACGUGCUGGCGGCCAUCUACGGCUCAGACGCGGCCAUGAGCAAGGACAUGGUCGACAGUGUGGCGUUGACGUCAACAGCGGCUGCGGCCGCGGCUAGUAGCAGUUCGCCGCCGGACAGCUUGACUCAGUCGGUGGCGUUGACGUCAACGGCAAUCCUCUUCGCGUCGGUCACCAGACGAGCUGUGACGGCGGGCGGCGGACGAUCAGCGCCGCUCGUGAAAAGCGCUGCUGAGCUAGCAGUCAUAUCGUUUGCCACCAUUCUUCUGGACUCCGACGUCGGCGUCCCAAUCCCGACCACAAUGAUCGGCGACACGCACGCGUAUCGCUCCGCGGCACUCCUUUUCCUCUUCACGGCAAUCUUCGUGCCCAUCAUGGACAUUACGUCCGGACGUGCCGUCAGCAAAGUUACAUGGGUAGCAACCCUCUCUGCUCUGACAGGGUUGGGUCUUUUGGACGAAGAGAACGUGGGCUGGCACCAGUUCUUCCUUCGUAAUCUCACGACGGAGAGUUUGCAGGAGGUGGUUUACUCGGCGCUAUCGACCAUCUACAUCUUCCGAUUGGAGGCCAUGUGUCUGGAGCACGACGCUGUCAGCUUGACGGCUGUGCAGUCGGCCCUCCUUGCCGCCAUGUCCUUUCUCUGGACUGCCUUUGACCUGCAGGUCAGUCAUCACCUGCAAGGCCAGGCUUUGGUGACGCAAACCGCCCACUGGUUGGGCGACAUGCCAUGGGGUCGCCUGUUGUACAGCGGCGUGGUGUGUGCGGGGCUGUGCGGCGUGCUCGAGCUCAAGGGCCUCGAGUCGGUGCACGCAGCCACGGCUACCAUAAUCUACACAACCAUCCCUAUUUGGGGUGCGUUUUUUGAGUCCCUCUUGAGAGGGGAGGUGCCUAGUCCCCUGUCAUCAGCAACCAUGGCAGCCAUUACCUGUGGCAUCAACGUUUGCGCUCAGCUGGCUGCCUCCUCCUCCUCCUCCUCCUCCUCCUCCUCCUCAUCGUCACCAUGGUCAUCAUCAUCGACGGAAUCCGAAUCCACUCAUGAUGAUGAAGCCGAAGUUGGUGCACACGAUGCCAAUUCCAAAAAUGACGGAGAUGAUAACAGAAUGACUGACAUUGUACGGGAGGCAGUGGAAGCAGUCGGUAGCGCCGGCAUCCAUCUUGGUAUGGACCUGAAUGCAUCCUCCUCCCCUUCCUUCUCCGCCUCCUCCCCCUUAAUAUCAUCAUCGUCAGCAGCCGCUGCAGCCGCAGCAGCAGCAGCAGCAGGAAGAGAAGAAUCAGUAACCGAAGCAGCAGCGGGGGCAGCAAGUAAGUUGAAAUCCAAAGAUCGACUGCAGUCAGCGGAAACAUCUUCUCAUUCUGAUGACGAUAGAGAUUCCGGAGCACUCGAGUCGAGGAUAGAGGAUUUGGCAUCUGAUAGCAUCGAUGGACUUGGAGAUGAUGGCUGUGGAGGAGCAGGUGUCUUACCGGAGGACAGGGGGCGGGAAGAAAGGUCUCCCCGUCUGCCACGAGUACCGGUAGCAGCAUCAGUGAACAGCAACUCUGAGGACAUGCUAGAGGAUGGAUGCUUGGACACAUGUAUCGGGAGAGUACAGCCAACAGGGAGGAGGAGGACGAUGACGAGGAGUGGGCGUAAUCGUUCAGGGUUCCUUAAGAGCUGGUCAUGGGUCGAUUCGUUCCCAAAUUCUCUAGUGUCGUUUCAGCUGAAGAGCCCUUUCUAUGCGUCAGAGGCACAUCGACUGUUACACAAACUGUCCCAUUUCAAGAUAAGCAUCACCACGGCUGCUAAGUCUGGAUUUCUGUCAGCGAAGGUGGCAAUUCCCCCCGCUCUUACUCCUUUGUUUCAUGGCAUAGCCAAGCUACUGCUGUGCCCUCCUCCACCCAACUUCGGUGCAUCUUCUUCACCUUCGCCCUCGUCUUCGCUCUCCUCCUCUUUGAGCUCUGGUUGCCACUGCAGCUCACCUUUGCCCUUGUCUUCGCUCUCCUCUUCGAGCUCUAGCUCGAACUGCAGCUCUGCUACUGGCUGUCACAGUUCGACUUCCUCGACGGCAUACCACAUUGUCAAAGGUGGUGACAAUUGGAGCUGUCCGCUGACCAUUACUAUUCCCAGCAGCAAGGGCAGUUUUAGUGGUGCGGCAUCGGGAACGGCAAUGAGCGCUAAGAUGGGUGCCCACACAGCUGUCUUGGCGAAAGGCUGUGUGCAUGUAACGGGUGCCAGUGCGUUGGCAAGCACUCUGGGCCACACUGCGGCUACGCCUGUGGCUAUGGCGGCGGAUGUACACUGCAUGCAUCAUCAUGUAGCAGCAGCGGUCUCCUCCAGUGCGAACGCUCCGCUUCAUGCCUGGCCUGCUUUUGACCUUAGGCAAGGUGUGGAAUCAUGGCUGGCAGUGAUCGCAUCUGCAGUGGACUCUGCGGUUUCCACUGCAGUGGGCGAGGGUGCUGGCCUCACUGCAGCUUCGCCGGCUGGUCUUGGCCCGCACGGUCCAGACGUUGUGCAUGUACUUUCUGCCGAGGGAUUAGCUGGUCUGGGAGAACGGCUCGCUGCCAUGUCGGCAGGUGGGAUACAACUUGCGACAGAGUGGCUUGGAGUUUCUUUCAGAUCGGACAAUAGCUCCGCGGUGAUUGGCAGCAGCGUUCUCAUGUCUGGUCAUUUUGCAUGGCAGUCUGGUAACGGUGGUGCUACCGUGACUGCAGCUGCCGCUGCGGCAGCGGACUGCAGCGUAGACUGGAGCCUGCUGGUGGGAUUCCUGGUCAAAGCCGUCGGUGGAGCCAUCAUCGUGCCUUGCCUGUCAUGUCCGGAAGUGCUGACAUUCUUGCUCAGCUGCAGCUUCUCCGCCGUGCACACUCCUGUCAAGCUGGUGGCCUCUGCCGCGGCGCGCAUGUGGGAGAACGUGCUUCUCCGAUCGGCAAGGGUUGGUGGCACCGCGAACCGAUGGCUCCAUCGCAGCCGUCGAUUUUGACCCUCUCACCGACGCGAAGGUGGAUUAUCCUUCCACCGCGGGAUUGAUAGAUUGCCGGAGUUUGCGAAGAGCCCGGGGUGAAAUCGGUUCUCAAAAGAAAAACGCUCCGAUGUAGAACCCGUUGGUCGUGAUGUAAUCGAUGGCGAGCCUGCUGAUUGACCAGUGACUUUGGAAGAUUGUUCCCUUGAAGGAACUUUCCAACUCUAAGGCGCUUCCACCAUAUAAUAAUAGUGAAGCCAUUGAACUGGGACCCAUCUUCUCGAGUCCAGACACAAUAAAUCUAGCGCCUUAGA